AACGUGUCCGCUUUUGCUGUGGCCCAUACAUUAAUUUCAGAAUUCAGAUUUUACCCAAGAAUCAAGAAGCGGACAACUAACAAGCAUUUGGUCAAAUCCUGAGUCUACCGAUCUCACUCAGUUUAUCAAUUUCUCAGCUCCAUAAUCUCAUUCUUGAAUCCCAACUGAUAAUUGAAUAAUGGAUAUUUCCACUUUGAGUCGUGCGCAAAUCACACUGAUGGGAUCGGCAUGUUGUACAAUGCUUACAAUGCAUUUUACAGUACAGCUCCUAUCACAGCAUCUUUUUUACUGGAAAACCCCAAAGGAGCAAAAGGCUAUACUCAUUAUUAUCCUUAUGGCUCCUAUUUAUGCAAUUAACUCGUUUGUCGGUUUGUUGGAUGUUCAAGGUAGUAAAGCGUUCUUCAUGUUUUUGGAAUCCGUUAAGGAAUGUUAUGAAGCUUUGGUGAUUGCCAAGUUCUUAGCUCUGAUGUAUAGUUACUUGAAUAUAUCCAUGAGCAAAAAUAUUGUGCCGGAUGGAAUCAAAGGAAGAGAAAUUCACCAUUCUUUCCCGAUGACUCUUUUCCAGCCUCACACUGUCCGGCUGGAUCAUCGUACUCUAAGGCUCCUCAAAUACUGGACAUGGCAAUUUGUCGUUAUUCGCCCAAUAUGUUCCAUCUUGAUGAUAACAGUACAAAUUCUUGGGAUAUACCCAACAUGGUUGAGUUGGACAUUUACCAUCAUUCUCAACAUUUCGGUUUCUCUGGCGCUGUACUCUCUUGUGAUGUUUUACCAUGCAUUUGCAAAAGAGUUGGCACCACAUAAUCCACUUGCUAAGUUCUUGUGCAUCAAAGGGAUUGUCUUCUUUUGCUUUUGGCAGGGAUUGGUGCUUGAGAUGCUUGUUGCGGUGGGUGUAAUUAAAUCUCAUCAUUUCUGGUUGGACGUGGAGCACCUUGAGGAAGCCCUUCAGAAUGUCUUGGUAUGUCUAGAGAUGGUUGUAUUUUCUGUUCUCCAACAGUAUGCAUACAAUGUUGCACCGUAUAGUGGAGAUGUGGAAAGGAAGAUGAAACUGAACAAACAUGAAUGAUACGAUCAGACCACGAAACUUCAGAGACAGUAAAUAGAAUAUGCAUUAUGGAGUAUUUUUCUUGAUUGCUUAUGCUUCUGUUGAAAGGAGUCGAUACCUUCGGAUCUGCUUAGCAGCUUAGGUGAGCAUGUGUUGUAUGGCGUAUGUAGUGAAAGACAAAUUUGUUGUGCUUGCCUAAUGCUUGUAGAAGUCUCUCUGUGAUUACAGUAUAUAAAGUACUGCUAAUAAUAAAUUAUGAAGCAUUAUAAGUUGUGAUGUUGCUUCUUGAAAA